AUGUUAACAGGCUUGAAUUUCCCCCAGAGCUUCAUCCGAUUACUUAUGAACUGCAUUUCUACACCUAAGUUCUCCUUUAUGUUCAAUGGAGCCUUACACGGUUUUUUUGAGUUUAAGAGAGAGCUUAGGCAAGGGGAUCCCAUGUCCCCGUUGCAUUUUGUCCUUGGUAUGGAAUACCUGUCUCGAUUAAUGGAGAAGAUUGGAGACAAAGAGGAUUUUUAUUUCCAUGACAGAUGUACUAGUCUCAAAUUGAACCAUCUGGCCUUUGCGGAUGAUCAACAUGGAUCAAGGAAGUGUAAACAAGAUAUUGCAACUGUCAGGAUAUAUGAGGCAGAAUCUGCCUUUUACUUAUUUGAGAUUCCCAUUUGUGCAAAGAGGAUAUCAGGGAAGGAAUGCAAAAUUCUGGCAGAGAAAAUGACAGCUAGAAUCAGGAGUUGGAGUUCUAGGAACCUCUCCUUUGCAGGCCAAAUCACAUUGAUCAACUCAAUUCUUAUAGCCAUACAAGCCUAUUGGAGUCAAAUAGUGAUUUUGCCAAAGAAAGUUUUGAAGCAAAGAAGAGAUACAAUAGCAUUUGGAUAUAGUCUGUUUACUACACCACAACAGAGUGUAAAAUGGUGUAAAGAGGUUUGGGCAAGGCUGAACACACCAAAACAUAGUGUGAUUCUUUGGUUAGCAAUGCUUACUCAAUUGAAAACCAAAGAGAGGUUGAAAAGGUAUGGCAUCUUAUCAAAUGACCACUGCAGCUUAUGUGUUUCUAAUUUGGAAAAUGAGCAGCACUUAUUUUUUGAAUGUGAUUUAUCCUGUUACUGCUUGGAUGAAAUCAAGCAAUGGCUUGACUGGAAGGCUCGAACCAGGUUCAUCCCUAAGCUAGUUCAGUGGAUUGGCAGGGCAAGGAUUUCGAACUUUAAAAGAAUGGUGCUGUCUGCUGCCAUUGCAGUAGUAGUUUACCAUGUUUGGCAAGCUAGAAAUGGAAUCAUUUGGAAUGGAAACAAGGUGAAUAAAUGUCAAAUGGUUGAAGACAUUAAGGGAAGCUUAAGAACUCGAAUUAGUAUGGUGAUUCCAAAGAAAAUAUAA